AUGCGUGCACCUGUGGGAAAUGUGUUAGUAAUGACACUGCUCGUUUGCGCUCUUUCAUCUGUAAUUUUAUGCUCAUUGCCGUUUUCAUCCCAAACUCCAAGACGACAAAUGGUGGACCACGAAGUUGCAUCAAUUAAAAAGUUCAACUCAAACUAUGGCUUUGAGAAGAGUAUCCAUUCGCACAUUCCUGCCUCUAGAACUAGUGAGAAUUCGUUAAAAAAGAAGGUCAGCUCAAAUCCAACACCUAACCUGUUGAAUACUGUGGAUAAUCGACGCACUAGUAAAAAAGUUCAGAAGGCUGCAAAUUCCAUAAGUGUACCCUAUCUGGAGAACCGUUCGUUGAACGAGUUAAGCUUAUCGGACAUACUAAUUGCAGCCGAUAUUGAAGGUGGACUUCAUGCUGUUGAUAGAAGGAACGGUCAUAUCAUAUGGUCCAUCAACUCUGAGAAAUUUCAACCCCUGAUAGAAAUACAAGAGCCUUCCAGGUUAGAAACGUAUGAGACGUUGAUAAUUGAGCCUUUUGGUGAUGGUAAUAUAUACUACUUUAACGCUCAUCAAGGAUUACAGAAACUACCUCUAUCUAUACGUCAACUUGUUUCAACUUCCCCGCUACACCUGAAAACAAAUAUUGUGGUUAAUGACUCUGGGAAAAUUGUUGAAGAUGAGAAAGUAUAUACUGGUUCGAUGAGGACUAUAAUGUAUACUAUCAAUGUUCUGAAUGGUGAAAUUAUAUCUGAAUUCGGACCUGGUUCGAAGAAUGGCUAUUUCGGAAGCCAAAGUAUAGAUUGCUCACCAGAGGAAAGAAUAAAACUUCAGGAAUGCGAAAAUAUGAUAGUCAUUGGCAAAACCAUUUUUGAGUUGGGAAUUCACUCCUAUGAUGGAGCUAGCUACAAUGUCACUUAUUCAACAUGGCAGCAAAAUGUUCUAGAUGUCCCCCUGGCACUUCAAAAUACAUUUUCAAAAGAUGGUAUGUGUAUAGCGCCUUUCCGUGACAAGUCAUUGUUGGCAAGUGAUUUGGAUUUCAGAAUAGCUAGAUGGGUUUCCCCGACAUUCCCUGGCAUUAUUGUUGGCCUUUUUGAUGUGUUCAAUGACCUUCGUACCAACGAAAAUAUACUGGUGCCCCAUCCCUUUAAUCCCAGUGAUCAUGAAACUGUAUCAAGUAACAAAGUUUAUUUGGAUCAAACUUCAAACCUUUCUUGGUUUGCUUUAUCUGGUCAGAAUUUUCCUUCAUUAGUUGAAUCAGCCCCUAAAUCGAGAUAUGCUUCCAGUGACCGUUGGAGGGUAUCUUCGAUUUUUGAGGAUGAGAUCUUAUUCAAGAAUGCAAUUAUGGGGGUUCAUCAGGUGUACGGGAACGAAUAUGACUACCUUUAUGAGAAUUAUGGAAAAGCAAAUACUUUGGAUACCACGCACAAACACGAACCUUUAAUGAUUGAUUCUUCCGUUGAUACAACAGAUUUGCAGCAGAAUCGCGACAUAAACUCACUUAAAGAAUAUAUGUCCCCAGAAGACCUUGAUGCAUAUAGAGAAAAGGUACAUGACCAAAUAACUAGAGAAUUAAGGAAAAAUACUCAAAAUUCUUUACUAUUAAAAUUCGGUAGCUUAGUGUAUCGAAUUAUGGAGACAGGAGUGUUCCUGCUACUGUUUCUCAUCUGUUGUGCAGCCUUACAGAGGUUUAAAAUCUUGCCACCAUUAUAUGUGUUAUUAUCCAAGAUUGGAUUUAUGCCUGAAAAAGUAGUCCCAAUAGUUGAACCGAAAACAUCGAACGAUCUUGCUUCAUCAGGAAACGUAAUCGAGUCACACGAUACAAAACUAGGGAAACAAGUCGUCAUUGGAGAUACGCUGAAUAGCGGAACCCUUAAAUCUGGAAAAGAUGACGUUGAUGAAGACGAUGAUAAAUCACUAGACAAUGCAUUAGAAAAGAAAAAGAGGAAAAGAGGUUCGAGAGGGGGCAAAAAGGGCAGAAAAUCACGCAUUGCGAAUAUACCAAACUUUGAACAGUCUUUGAAGAAUUUAGUAGUAUCAGAGAAAAUUUUAGGAUACGGCUCAUCAGGGACAGUAGUAUUUCAGGGAAGUUUUCAAGGGAGACCUGUCGCAGUAAAAAGGAUGUUGAUUGAUUUUUGUGACAUAGCAUUGAUGGAAAUAAAACUUCUGACCGAAAGUGAUGAUCAUCCAAACGUUAUACGAUAUUACUGUUCAGAAACAACAGAUAGAUUUUUGUAUAUUGCUUUAGAGCUCUGCAAUUUGAACCUUCAAGAUUUGGUUGAAUCGAAGAACGUAUCAGAUGAGAAUUUGAAAAUGCAGAAAGAGUACAACCCAAUCUCAUUACUUAGACAAAUAGCGGCUGGGGUUGCGCAUCUCCAUUCUUUGAAAAUUAUCCAUCGAGAUUUAAAGCCUCAAAAUAUUCUUGUUUCUACAUCAAACAGGUUUGCUACCAAUGAGGAAACGGGAGUAGAAAAUCUCAGAAUUUUGAUAUCAGAUUUUGGUCUUUGCAAAAAACUAGAUUCCGGUCAAUCUUCGUUUAGAACAAAUCUGAAUAAUCCUUCGGGGACAAGUGGAUGGAGGGCUCCAGAACUGCUGGACGAGUCAAAUAAUUUACAGUGCCAUUUUGAAACAGAACAGUCCUCUAGUCGGCAUACAGCAAUCUCAUCUGAUUCCUUCUAUGAUCCGUUCACUAAAAGGAGAUUAACAAGAUCUAUUGAUAUUUUUUCUAUGGGAUGUGUUUUCUAUUAUAUCCUGUCUAAAGGAAAGCAUCCAUUUGGUGAUAGAUAUUCGCGCGAAAGCAACAUCAUAAGGGGAGUUUUUAGCCUUGAUGAAAUGAAAUGUCUGCAUGACAGAUCAUUGAUAGCCGAAGCUACUGAUUUGAUCUCACAAAUGAUUGAUCAUGACCCGUUGAAGAGACCGACUGCUAUGAAAGUCUUGAGGCAUCCAUUGUUUUGGUCAAGGUCGAAGAAAUUGGAGUUUCUUUUGAAAGUUAGUGACAGACUUGAAAUUGAAAACAAGGAUCCUCCGAGCGAUUUAUUACUGAGAUUUGACUCCCACUCUGAGUUUGUAAUACCCAAUGGAGACUGGACCGCUAAGUUUGAUAAAACCUUCAUGGACAACCUUGAAAGGUACAGAAAAUAUCAUUCGACAAAGUUAAUGGAUUUAUUAAGAGCACUUAGGAACAAGUAUCAUCAUUUCAUGGACUUACCUGAUGAUAUAGCAGAACUCAUGGGGCCGGUUCCCGACGGUUUUUACGAUUACUUUACCAAACGUUUUCCAAACCUACUAAUAGGGGUGUAUAUGAUUGUCAAAGAAGACUUAAGCGACGACCAAAUUUUAGGUGAGUUUUUGUAUUCAUAA